AACCCUCAAUACUGACUGCAUUAGAAGGCAACAUCUCUCUCUCUCUCUCUCUCUCUCUCUCUUUAACUAGCAUCUCUGUAGUCUGAUUUUCUCACCAUGCCUUUCUCUGAAUUAUAUUUUAAUGUGGAUAAUGGUUAUCUGGAGGGGCUGGUGAGAGGUUUUAAGGCCGGUAUUUUAUCUCAGGCGGAUUAUUUGAACCUCGUUCAAUGUGAAACAUUGGAAGACUUGAAGCUUCACUUGCAGAGCACUGACUAUGGAAGCUUUCUGGCCAAUGAAGCCUCCCCGCUCACCGUCUCCGUCAUUGAUGACAAACUGAAAGAAAAGAUGGUGGUGGAGUUCUGCCAUAUGAGGAACCAGUCUUAUGAGCCUCUGGCUAACUUUAUGGAUUUCAUCACGUACAGUUAUAUGAUUGAUAAUGUCAUUCUGCUGAUCACUGGAACUCUGCAUCAGCGGGCCAUCUCAGAGCUGGUACCCAAGUGCCACCCUCUCGGCAGCUUUGAACAAAUGGAGGCGGUGAACAUCGCCCAGACUCCAGCAGAGCUCUACAAUGCCAUCCUAGUGGAUACACCACUCGCUGCUUUCUUUCAGGACUGCAUCUCUGAGCAGGAUUUGGAUGAGAUGAACAUUGAAAUAAUACGCAACACACUUUACAAGGCUUAUCUAGAGGCCUUCUACAAAUUCUGCUCCUCACUGGGUGGAACAACUGCAGAUACCAUGUGCCCAAUUCUGGAGUUUGAGGCAGACAGAAGGGCUUUCAUUAUUACCAUUAACUCCUUUGGUACGGAGCUCUCCAAAGAAGACAGAGCCAAACUUUUCCCUCACUGUGGUAAGCUCUACCCAGAGGGUCUAGCACAACUGGCCCGCGCCGAUGAUUAUGAGCAGGUCAAAGCUGUGGCCGACUACUACCCUGAAUACAAGCUUCUCUUUGAGGGUGCUGGCAGUAACCCAGGAGACAAAACACUUGAGGAUCGCUUUUUUGAGCAUGAGGUGAAGCUUAAUAAGCUGGCCUUCCUGAACCAGUUUCAUUUCAGUGUGUUCUAUGCAUACGUCAAGUUGAAGGAACAAGAGUGCCGGAACAUUGUGUGGAUUGCAGAGUGCAUCGCCCAAAGGCAUCGGGCUAAGAUUGACAACUACAUCCCCAUAUUCUAAUGGUACAUAACAUGACUCUUGAAUAUUGAUCCACAUGGCAAGUGUUAACUCUGCUGUUUGAGAUUUGUAAACAUAAUGAUUCUGUUCAUACUUUGUCCUUGCACUACACCACUGUUAUCUUUCAUUGUGAUUCGCUUUUUCCAGUCAAGAAUCAUUCAUUUUUGUCUGACGAAAUGUUACGUCAGAGCAUAAUGCAGUGCUCCAAGUUACCAAAUCAUAGCAGGUUUACAUCCCCCCCUCCCCCCAAUACUUGUUUCAGUGUAGAAAUGCAUCGUUCCUUCAUGAUGUUAUGAAUCACAAUUCCCGAGAGGAUACCUGGCAACCCGUCACAUCCCAUUGAAAGGGAAAAUUGUCUCAUUGGGUGGUAAAAACUUGUAAAGGAGAGUUAAAUGUUUUUAGUCUAAGAUCUUAUUGUGAUAUACUCUUCCAGUGUAAGGCUGAGGAAAUAAUACAUUCCAUCAUUAUUUUUGUUGUAUGUGUUUCACUUAUAAGUUCUUUGUUUUUUCUUUUUUUGUUUGUUUUUUUUUUUCAAUUAAUGUACACUUUCAGAUUACAAACUCACUAAACUCCUGAUCUCAGUCCUUUUAGAAGGUCCAGUAUCUA